GCGCCCGCCCCCCACGCGCCGUGUCGCCGGGAAGCCGGGAGGAGACAGAGAGCCCGGGCUCCGCGGCGCUCGGCCCGCAGUCUUUGGCCGCGCGAAAGCAGAGCGGGCGGCGCUGCCCGAGCCCAAGCCGCGACCCACCCCGGCCGCCUUUGUUUGGAGCCGCGCGGCCCGGAGCCGCGGCUCUCGGGUCGGUGACAGCUCCUCCCUCAGCGGGCGCGGGUCGGAGGAGCGGUCGGCCGGCCCCGCUCACCGCGCGCACGUCCGAGCGCGGACCGAUGCCCCCGCAGCAGGGGGACCCCUCGUUCCCCGGCCGCUGCGAGGCGCCGCCCGUGCCGCCCCGCCGGGAGCGCGGGGGGCGCGGGCCCGGGGCGCCGGGGGGCCGGGGGCGCGCGGGCGGCGCCGAGGGGCGCGGCGUCAAGUGCGUGCUGGUCGGCGACGGCGCGGUGGGCAAGACGAGCCUGGUGGUGAGCUACACCACCAACGGCUACCCCACCGAGUACAUCCCCACCGCCUUCGACAACUUCUCGGCUGUGGUGUCCGUGGAUGGGCGGCCUGUGAGACUCCAGCUCUGUGACACUGCAGGACAGGAUGAGUUUGACAAGCUCCGGCCUCUGUGCUACACGAACGCCGACAUCUUCCUCCUGUGCUUCAGCGUCGUCAGCCCCUCCUCCUUCCAGAACGUCUGCGAGAAGUGGGUGCCAGAGAUUCGGUGCCACUGUCCCAGGGCCCCCAUCAUCCUAGUUGGGACACAGUCGGACCUCAGAGAAGAUGUCAAAGUCCUCAUUGAGCUGGACAAGUGCAAAGAGAAGCCGGUGCCGGAGGAGGCGGCGAAGCUGUGUGCCGAGGAGAUCAAAGCCGCCUCCUACGUCGAGUGUUCGGCCUUGACUCAGAAAAACCUCAAAGAGGUCUUCGACGCGGCCAUCGUGGCCGGCAUUCAGUACUCGGACACGCAGCAGCAGCCGAAGAAGUCCAAAAGCCGGACUCCGGACAAAAUGAAGAACCUGUCCAAGUCGUGGUGGAAGAAGUACUGCUGUUUCGUGUGAUGCCGGCGGGCGGCCCCGACGGGCCGUUUUCCGAUGGAGUCACGCGAGGGGCUGUAUUAGCUGAAACGACUCCUUUUACCGUGUAGAACCCGUGCGGAGGACGCGUGCGCGGGUGCACCGCGGGAGGGGCUCCCACUCACCCGCCCCGCCCUUGCCUUUGAUUUCCUCCUUGCUUGUUUGAGUUUAGGGAUGAGAUACUUAUGCAAGCUGCGUUGAAGUAAGUUAAGCAUUUUUCAGGACUCUGGCAAUUUAGAACUCAUUAGACCUUUGGAUUAAUUUAUAUCUAAUAAGAGAAAGACACCUCAAAUCGGGGUGUUAAGAGUGAAAUUUUGCUACGUGUUGAUGUACAGAACAAAGGGGACGUGGUGUGGGUGCUGUCCCCUGCCUGAGGGCUGCUCAGUGCACUGUGCUUACGCACCAGGCCAGCUAUGGUAGGAAUAACUCUUAGCUUUGAAACCUCAUACUUUUCCCCCGCUUUUUUUCUAAGGAGCAAAAAAUAUCUGAGAAAAAAAUGAGAGACCUCUGCCUAUAAAACCUCACUUUUGUUAUAACCUUAUACCCAGUUGCUUAAGAUUUAAAAACAACCAACAGCAACAACAGAAACCCACAUCCCACUAACUCGGUGGCACUGUGUAGACCCAAAAGGAAAAAUUGUUGAUUAGGAUUUUUUCACCCUGAGUCCAGUUGUGCUGAAACCAUAUAAGCAGAGUGCCAUGUGGAGUGUAGCAAGUGACAGAAGCUCUGUUUUCUUUAGGGAGGUAUUCACGUUGGGAUCAGAGCGUGAUAUUUGCUGUCAGUACACGUGAACCAAACUGCGUGCACCUCUGGUGAUCAGAGCCCUCGGGAGCACCAGUCUGGAGGGUUUUUAAACGUCUGUACUUCAGUUGUCCCGUCUGCAGGGAGGCGAACACUCUUGAAAGGCCUGUAGCAAGCAGAUACUUGUGGGUCACAAAAUAUACUUUUUUUUUUUUAAAGUCAGCCAAAAUGUACUUUGUAUACACACACAAACACGGAUGUAUAUAUUAUACAUAUAUGGCUGUGUUUGCUGCUGACUCAGACUUUUAAACAGUUAAUGGGAAAAAGCAUGGCCAUGAACACAGAUGUGAGGGAAGCUCGGCUGCCUCUUUUUAUGAACACUUUUUCGAAUAGACCUCUUUUUGAUUAUACCUUACCUAGGAUUUUAAGUCUGUCUCAACGUGUUUUUGAGACCAUGUUAAAACAAAACAAGAACAGCUCUCAGAACCUGGUUUAAAAUGAAUAUCUCUUGAAACCUGUUGAAACGACCAGUUAAAUCCACAGUUGCCUUUCAGGGAAGUGGCCGCAGAGGCCAGCGCUGUGUGUCCGAAGGGUCACGGGGUCUGCUGUCUGUGGGGACCAUUGCUCCCCUGCUCAGCUGUUUCCUUACUGUGGAACAGUCUGAAAAUCAUGUAUUUGCGAGACAUUCGUGUUCUUCCAGGUGGCAGUUUUUAGGGCUUAAUGUUCUAGAGGAAAAAAGUGCCGUAUCAGGAGAAGAGUUUUACCCUGUGAUGGGUGAGCUUCUGAGAUGCCAGAAGGUGCCCUGAGGGAUUGGAUUGUAAUGUCAGGCUUACAGUGGGUGAGGCAGACCUACCAAAAUCGGUCAGUAACUAGGGAGGUCUCCGUAGAGCCAGCCGACAGAGUUUAUCUUUCUGUGGGUCUUGUGUGGCCCAUACAUAUGUAUACACACAAUCCAAUUUGUGUUUCUUUGUAGAAAAAAGUAAAUGAUCGGGUCAUACUUUAGGGGCUUCUUUUAUUUCUGUUAGUCAAUAAAAUUAACUAAUUUCCUUGUUUAAGAACUAAAAUGCAUACUGUUUACUAUUUAUUUUUCAAUACAUUGAAAUUGAGAUCAGUCAUAGUUUCCUGAAGUUUAGUUACAACCUGAGUGAAUAAAAUGACUUCAUUUGUGGAAAUGCCCCAAACAGAAUGAAUGAAUGAAAUGGAUUCGAAGCUUGGUGCCUGGCUCACUGACCUGGGGGCUUCCCAGCCUGGGCUCUGGCUGCCCCAGUGUGGACGGUGGGGGUGAGGGGGAGUUAUCAGACUGGUAAGUCAUUUCAAACAGUAUUUUUAUAUGAAACCAAAUGUCAUGAAGUACAAUGCAAAUUAACUUUUAAGAUAGAACACAAAACUUGAAAGAAAAUUUAUGCAUGUGACAGUGUCUGGAGGCCACUCCUGGUCCCCUUGAGAGGGUCCCUUGGCGCUCUCUGCCUUUAGGGCCGCUGGUGGACAGUGGUCAGUGAAGAAUGCCUGUGAGCUUUACUCAAGUGUUUUAUUUUUAACCCAUCUUGAUACAGCCUGUACCAUUAACACAAAAAACCUAGAAGGUUGACGUUUAAAUGCAACAGUUUUUAAUGUUGCCAAAUUUAUGGAAUUGUAAAGGUACGAUUGUACUUGAGGUUUCCCUCCAUUUUUCUUGGUGAAAUUAGAGAUUUGGGCAGAAGAGUUUUGAAAAGUAUGUGUUUGAGUUAAAUAUAAAUUGGAUCGACUUCAAAGCUCAGACGUUGUUAAAUUUACAGCUUGGUAUCGCAGAGAUUUUACAAGAGUUGCGCCGUAGGGAGCACCACUUCAGCAUGACUCCUGCAGUGUAAGCCACUCACACAACUUACACACACAGUAUGCUGUAAGACUGUUACCUCUUCUUCCUGUGUCUGUGGAAAUGAGCCUUUUGUAAUGUCAUUCUCGGUGCUUGACAGACUUAAGAGAAACCACCCAGCUCUUACACAAGCCCAAACAAGGGAGGGUCUCCUCUCCGGACCGUCUCUACCUGGUGCCUUACCAAGUUGUACUUUUCUGUUUUCAGGAGUAAAUGAUGUUGAGCCGAACGCUGUCCUUGAAAAUGCUAUAAAUGAGGUGUUAUGAAAUAAAUUCUGAUAUAGCUG